CUUGGACGUCAUGGUACUGGCCCAGCUUACGAGCAGCUCAGUAAAACCCAUGGCAACAUUAGAAUGUCAAAGAACCAGAAUUACACACAAGACAACAGAACACAGGGAAUCAUGGAGAAAAGCCAGUGGGACCUGAAAAAAAUUCGUUUUCAAAAGAGGAGACUGACAAGGCUUGACGACUUUGUUAGAAUAUAUCAAAAAAUGCAUGAUGCCCUUCUCCUUGAAUAUGCAGACACAGAGAAGACAAGAAAGAAGUCUUUUCGAGUGGAAACUGAGAAAUGGAAAAACAAACGGAGCAAAAGGAAAGGUGUGUAUGUAUCACCAUUAGUGACUGGCCUGCCACUGAAGAAAAAGAAGUCAGAGAAGGUGGCACAAGAAUCACCAGCUCCACCUGAAAGGACACAGCAUCUUGAGGAAAACCCAGCAGGAUUGUCAGAGGGGACUGCAUUACAGGUCUCUACUCUGUGGAAAAAGAAGACAACAGAAGUGGUUGUUUCAGUGGUGCCAUCUCAAAUUCGAGGGAACAACCUCGUGAUACGUCACAGUGAGCUCCUGUCUCUUCAGCCACAUAGUUGGCUUGUAGGAGAGGUAAUUGAGUGUCUAUUGCACCAAUGCGCAAUUCAACUUAAUUUGGGAAACACAGUUUAUGUGAUGAACCACUACACAAGCGGCGUGAUCCUCUUUGGCAAGAGAGAAAUGAUCCGGAGACACAGUUUGUCAAAGUACAUCAAUGCAGCAGACAGUUGUCUGUAUUUGGUGGAUCCAACAAAAAAUUCAGCCGAAAAGGACGAGUCCGACGAUGCAGCCGAAAGAUUCCGUGAAUACUUCAAAAUGAGGAGGACAUGCCACAACAAAACAGACUGGGUGGAUGUUAAACUCAGAGGAGGAGUGAUGCCACAUCCCUGUCAACGUGAUGGAUCUAGCUGCGGGGUACUGGUCAUAAUGAUGGCCAAAGCAGUAAUGAAAGCCUUCCCAGAGAAACCAAAGAUGAAAUUUGGGACCACUAAAAAAGAGAUGGCCCAAGCACGAAGGUCUUUGGCCCAGACAAUCAUUGAUGCCUCAGGUGGAUAAGAUUUUAUUGUUAAAUUCAAGUCUGAAUAUUAAGCAAUAUUAUUAGUCUUAGAUUUGGUUUUAGUAUUUGACAGCGACAACAACUGUGCCAUGUGUGCAUCAAGUAAGCCACCAUGUGCAGGGCCAUCCACCACUGACUGGAUACAGUGUGAUAGCUGUAUGCGCUGGUUCCACUCAGAAUGCCUGGAUAUGGAAAAAGCCCAGCUCGUCCAAGCACGCAGCACAGACUGGAAUUGCGUUCUGUGUCUGAAAUAAGUCCC